GUGUCGGGCGUGGUGACGCAGGACGCGCUGCGCGCGGGCGGGCCGCGCAGGGCGCGUGCGCGGGGCCGGGUGCGGCGGCGGGUGCGGCGGGGCCGGUGCUGCGGGGGUGCGCGCGCCAUGUCGGGGCGCUCGGUGCGGGCCGAGACCCGCAGCCGCGCCAAGGAUGACAUCAAGAAGGUGAUGGCAGCCAUCGAGCGCGUCCGCAGAUGGGAGAAGAAGUGGGUGACGGUGGGCGACACGUCCCUGCGGAUAUUCAAGUGGGUGCCAGUGGCAGACAGUAAGGAGAAAGAGAAAUCCAAAUCAAGUAGCAGCACAGCCCGAGAACCCAAUGGCUUCCCAGCUGACACCUCUGCCAACUCCUCUCUCCUUUUGGAGUUCCAAGGUGCUGUUUCUGCAGAUGAGAACAGCAACCAGAGCUCCCUGUCUGACGUGUAUCAGCUCAAGGUGGACAGCAGCCCCAACUCCAGCCCCAGUCCCCAGCAGAGCGAGUCCAUGAGUCCUGCCCACACGUCCGACUUCCGCACGGACGACUCGCAGCCUCCCACCCUGGGGCAGGAGACCCUGGAAGAACCCUCCCUGCCUUCCUCAGAAGUGGCAGAUGAGCCUCCCACUCUAACAAAGGAAGAGCCAGUCCCCCUUGAGACUCAGGUAACUGAAGAGGAGGAGGACUCUGGUGCACCACCUCUGAAGAGAUUUUGUGCUGACCAGAACUCUGUGUGCCACACGGCCUCGGAGAGCUAACCUGCCUGGCCCGGCACCUUUGCCAGCCCCUUGCAGAGCUGCCUGGCCCCCCUCAGGACCAGCGCUUCCCUCCAGCCUGCCCCUUCCCCAGUGUAGGGGCUCCCACCACUCGCAUCAAGUUCACCCUGCCCUGACCUGCCUGGGGCUGCUGCCAGUACCUGCAAAUUUGCCUCUAUUUAUUGGCUCCCUCUCUCCCUGCUCCCUGCCCUAGAGCUGGGGGUCUCUGCUGGGUGGGCUGCAUGUGUGGAAGGUUCUCCUUGCUCUCCAUGGUCCCCAGGACACUGGCAGAUGCUGUUUGCCUGCUCAUGGCACCCCUGCCUGCCCUUCCUCUGGGUGCUGGGAACAGGAGAGCCACCUUGUACCUGCUCCAGGUGAUGUGUCUACUUGGCUGUGGGAGCAGGUGGUGGUGAUGGUGGUGGUGGGUGUGGGGGCAGUGAGGGGAGGCCGGCAGGGACCCACUGGGACGCUGUGCAAUACGCUGCUAGUUUAAGCCAUUCAUGCUGGGAGAGGCGGAAGCGCUUUCUCUUCCCGGAGGGCAGGUACUGACUGGCCUCGGCUCUGCCACGGGGCACAACUCCAGCUGGGUGGAAUCUGCAGUCUCCCGGGAGCCAGAAGAGCAGGGAGAGCCGCUGCCCUGUGCUGGGGGCCUUGCCUUGGCCUAGGUAUCCCCGGAAUGGGGAAGGGAAGCGGCAGGGUGCUGGAGGCCCCGGGAAGCGCUCCUGCUGUGGGCCUCUGCCGCCCCCCAAUACCCGCUGCCCCCCCCUCCCCGCCCAGCCCCAUUCUCCCCCCGCUGCCACUGCAUGUCCCACCGAGUCCGUGAUCGAGCCUGGUGAAGCUGGAGGUGCGGCCGCGCGUGGAAGUGGAAAGUUAUUUUAGCACUGAAUAGAAUAUUUUUAAAAUUAAACUGUUUGAAAUACAGAUGCAGAGCACGGUGUAGGCUGCGUAGGGCCGCGUGGGGAGGGGCGGUGCGGGAAGAGAGGGGAAGUUUCUGCUGAACGGGGCCCAGUGCCGGCACUCGCCGCCUGCCGCGCCCACGGAGCAGGCUCGUAGUCCGAUUCCCAUGGAAGUUCGGUCAGCGCCCGGUCCCGCUUCCCCACACUUUUGUCUUUGCCGGUGUUGACGCUGUCCGGAGCAGGCGGGGGCCGGCCCUGAGCCCGAACCGAGGAGGCAGCAGCGCCCGACGGGGGCGGCUCAGGGCAGGUGGGAGGGAACAGGAGCUCGGGGCAGCUCCUCCGCCCUGUGCAGCAGCUCCGACUGUGACCCCGGCCCUGGGCUCUGCUCGUUCCGCAGCCACCCCCGCGGGGUUCCUCGACGUCAGGGACCGCGGGGCUCGGGAGAAAUCGGCCGCAGCCGCGGGAAGCGGGGUUGUGCUUUGGACGUGACUUCAGGACAGUGCCAGAGCGCCCCACCAAUUCCCAUCAUUAACCCGCGGCCUCGGCACCAGCCCGCUCAGACGUGACUGCCCUUGCAAUAAAUUAAUUUUGGUUUUCCAAUG